AUGGUAGGCACUGUUGAUCCAACCAUGCGUGUCAGUGAGCGAACGUCAAACGGAACUAUUUCUGGCGGUGUGAAUGCAGUCGCGCCCGGUGGCGAACUAUUCUUUGGCGGCGUUGUGUCCCCUGCAUUGCAGUCUAUUAUAGGACUGGCUACCGCCACUACAUGCCAAUACCGUGUUGUGUGGACUGCCACAGAAAGCACAGUACAAGAAAAGCGUAACUUCUACGAGUUCAAUUCUGGAACUGUGCACGCAAUUGCAACAGCAACUGCCGUGGCAGUGAUGGCGGCCCAGGCUAUUGAGCGUGGUGAAAAUGCAACCAUACUGGCUGUCGAGGAUGAACUCAAAAAGUAUACUAUUCAGCCAACAUGGUGCGGAACUGACUGUGACGCAUAUGGUUCUGGUAUACUUACAAUGCAAGUACAGGAAUAA